AUGGCGCUGCCUCUGGGGUCCCUGCAGGCGGCCCCCCACUUCCGCCGCUUUACCCCCGAGUCCCUGGUGGAGAUUGAGAAGCGGAUCUCGGCCCAGGAGGCUGCCGGGAAGAGCCGAGAGAAAAGCAGGAGGAAGAAGGGGGAUGAAGACAAGCCCAGACCCCAGCUGGAUCUAAAGGCCUGCAACCAGCUGCCCAGGUUUUAUGGGGAGCUCCCGGCAGAACUGAUUGGGGAGCCCCUGGAAGACCUCGAUCCUUUCUACAGCACCCAUCGGACGUUUAUCGUGCUGAACAAAGGGAGGACCAUCUCUCGGUUUAGCGCCACUCGGGCCCUGUGGCUCUUCAGUCCUUUCAACCCCAUCCGAAGAACAGCCAUCAAAGUGUCCGUCCACUCUUGGUUCACUGUAUUUAUUACGGCCACGAUUCUGAUCAAUUGUGGGUGCAUGACCCAGAAUGAACUUCCAGAAAAAAUCGAGAAUGUCUUCACUGUCAUUUACACCUUUGAAACUCUGAUCAAGAUCCUGGCCAGGGGUCUCUGCCUCAAUGAGUUCACGUACCUGCGCGACCCCUGGAACUGGCUGGACUUCAGUGUCAUUUCCUUGGCGUAUGUGGGUACGGCCAUAGACCUCCGGGGGAUCUCCGGCCUGCGCACCUUUCGCGUCCUCAGAGCGCUAAAGACAGUCUCUGUGAUUCCAGGGCUGAAGGUCAUCGUGGGAGCGUUGAUCCACUCGGUGAGGAAACUAGCUGAUGUGACCAUCCUCACCGUCUUCUGCCUCAGUGUGUUCGCGCUGGUGGGUCUGCAGCUCUUCAAGGGCAACCUCAAGAACAAAUGCGCCAAGAACACCACGGCCUUCAACGACUCCUCCCUCUGGCAAUAUGUGUAUUUUACCAAGAAUGACACCUCGGAGGGCUUGCUGUGUGGGAACGGCUCUGACGCAGGCCAAUGCCCUGAAGGUUACAUCUGUGUUAAAACUUCUGAAAACCCAGAUUAUAACUACACCAGCUUUGACUCCUUCGCGUGGGCCUUCCUCUCCCUCUUCCGCCUUAUGACACAGGACUCCUGGGAACGCCUCUACCAGCAGACGCUCAGGGCUUCUGGGAAGAUGUACAUGGUCUUCUUCGUGCUGGUCAUCUUCCUGGGGUCUUUCUACCUGGUCAACCUCAUCUUGGCUGUGGUCACCAUGGCGUACGAGGAGCAGAACCAAGCCACCAUGCUGGAAAUCGAAGCCAAGGAGAAGAAAUUCCAGGAGGCCCUGGAGGUGCUACGGAAGGAGCAGGAGCUGUUGGCAUCACUGGGCAUCGACACAGCCUCAAUCCAUUCCCACAACGAAUCACCACCGGCCACCAAAACUGCCAGUGACCACAGAAGGCACAGAGUGAAAGCCAGGGUGUCCGAGGGCUCCGCCGACAACAAGUCACCCCAAUCGGAGCCUUACAACCAGCGCAGGAUGUCUUUCUUAGGCCUUACUUCAGGGAGACGCCGAGCCAGCCAUAGCAGUGUGUUCCAUUUCCGAGCACCUGGGCGGGACGUUUCCUUCUCGGACGGGAUCACUGAUGAUGGAGUGUUUCAUGGAGGACUCGAAAGCCACCGGGGCUCUGUGCUAAUGGGCAGGGGUACAGGGCAGCAAGACCCCCUUCCCAGAAGCCCCCUGUCUCAACCCCCCAGCUUUGGUUCUGGAUAUGGAGAAGGGAAAGACGUGACAUUGCCUGUCUCCAAUGAGCUGGUUCCUGGAGCCACUGAUGGCCUGGCAUAUGACCCAGGAGACAAGCCCAUGUUCUUGUCAGCAGAAUAUCUGAAUGAACCUUUCCGAGCCCAAAGGGCAAUGAGUGUGGUCAGUAUCAUGACUUCAGUCCUUGAGGAGCUGGAGGAGUCGGAACAGAGGUGUCCACCUUGUUUGAUCAGCUUGGCUCAGAAGUAUCUGAUCUGGGAGUGCUGCCCCACCUGGCUGAGACUCAAGACAUUCCUCUUUGAGCUGGUGACGGACCCCUUUGCUGAGCUCACCAUCACGGUGUGCAUCGUGGUGAACACAGUCUUCAUGGCCAUGGAGCACCACGGCAUGACCGGCACCUUCGAGUCCAUGCUGCACACAGGCAACAUCGUUUUUACCACGUUUUUUACUGCUGAAAUGGUCUUCAAAAUAAUCGCCUUUGACCCCUACUAUUACUUCCAGAAGAGAUGGAACAUCUUUGACUGUAUCAUCGUCACUGUGAGCCUGUCAGAACUGGGUUUGGCCAAGAAAGGGAGCUUGUCUGUGCUUCGAACUUUCCGCUUGCUACGUGUCUUCAAGUUAGCCAAGUCUUGGCCGACCUUGAACACCCUCAUCAAGAUCAUCGGGAACUCGGUGGGGGCCCUGGGGAACCUGACCUUCAUCCUGGCCAUCAUCGUCUUCAUCUUUGCUCUGGUUGGCAAGCAGCUCCUGGGCGAUCCAUACAAAAUCAACAGUGAGCGCGUCAUCCCUCGUGGCGACAGUGGCCUUCGUUGGCACAUGAUGGAUUUCUUCCACUCCUUCCUCAUCAUCUUCCGGAUCCUCUGUGGAGAAUGGAUUGAGAACAUGUGGGUUUGCAUGGAGGUUGGCGAGAAAUCCAUCUGCCUCAUCCUUUUCCUGACCGUGAUGGUGCUGGGUAAUCUGGUGGUCCUCAAUCUCUUCAUCGCCCUCCUGCUCAAUUCCUUCAGUGCCGACAACCUCACAACCCCCGAGGAUGAUGGAGAAGUCAACAACCUCCAGGUGGCCUUGGCACGGAUUCAGAUAUUUGGUCAUCGCACCAGGCAAGCCAUCGGCCAAUUCUUCAGGAGGGCCUGUCACUGGGGCUGGCCCCAAUCAAGAUCCAAGAUGGUGGUGAAACUUCCACUCUCCAACAACAACUCCAAAAUGGAAAACCACCCUGUUGUGGAUGGUGUGGUGGCCAGCUCGGACAUGCCAACACUCAGAGACCCCAACGACCAACAUGGCGACUUCAUCACCAACCCUACUGUGUGGGUCUCUGUACCCAUCGCCGAAGGGGAAUCCGACCUGGAGGAAGAAGAAGAGGGUGAACAGGAAGCUCAGAGUUCAGGACAGGAAAUGAGCCCCAAGGAAGAGCAAUGGCAGCAGUUUGGGAGCCAUGAGUACCACCUGGCCUGUAGGAGCCCAGGGUCUGGGUCAUCUUUGGAGGAUCUGAGCCCAUUCUUGGGGGACGGAUGGAAAGACAAGACUAUUCCUCAGGUCCCUGCCGAGGAAGCGGAUGAUACAAGCAGCUCGGAGGGGAGCACGGUGGACUGUCCGGACCCCGAGGAGAUCCUGAAGAAGAUUCCGGAGCUGGCGAACGAUCUGGAAGAACCUGAGGACUGCUUUCCAGAAGGCUGUGUCCGGCGCUGCCCGGCCCUCCCGGCAGACCCCGCGCGGUGCCCGUGGGCCUGGCAGGUGCGCAGAACCUGCUUCCACAUCGUGGAGCACAGCUGGUUCGAGAGCUUCAUCGUCUUCAUGAUCCUGCUCAGCAGCGGGGCCCUGGCCUUCGAAGACUGCCACCUGGAGCAGAAGCCGAUGGUGAAGGCUUUGUUGGAAUAUACAGAUCGCGUGUUCACCUUCAUCUUUGUGUUUGAGAUGUUACUGAAAUGGGUGGCCUAUGGCUUUAAGAAAUAUUUCACCAAUGCAUGGUGCUGGCUGGAUUUUCUUAUUGUUAAUAUCUCACUCGUGACCCUCAUCGCGAAGAUCCUGAAGUGAGUCAAAUCCAUCAAUGCCCUGAGAACGCUCCGUGCCCUGCGGCCUCUGCGGGCUCUGUCUCGAUUUGAGGGCAUGCGGGUGGUGGUGGACGCGCUGGUGGGAGCCAUCCCCUCCAUCAUGAACGUUCUCCUGGUGUGCCUCAUCUUCUGGCUCAUCUUCAGUAUCAUGGGCGUGAACCUGUUCGCCGGCAAGUUCUGGCGGUGCAUCAGCCACACCAACCGAUUCUCGCUGGUGAAUUGGACGAUUGUGAACAACCGGACUGAGUGUGUGCUUAAGAAUGACACGGGACAUCUGUUCUGGGUCAACGUGAAAGUCAACUUUGACAACGUGGCCAUGGGCUACCUCGCACUCCUGCAGGUGGCAACCUUCAAAGGGUGGAUGGACAUCAUGUAUGCAGCCAUUGACUCACGGGAAGUGGACAGCCAGCCUGAGUGGGAGCACAGUGUCUACAUGUAUUUGUACUUUGUCAUCUUCAUCAUCUUCGGGGGCUUCUUCACGCUCAAUCUCUUCGUAGGAGUCAUCAUUGACAACUUCAAUCAACAGAAGAAAAAGCUAGGGGGCCAGGAUAUCUUCAUGACAGAGGAACAGAAGAAAUAUUACAAUGCCAUGAAGAAGCUGGGAUCCAAAAAACCCCAGAAACCCAUUCCUCGUCCCCUGAACAAGUACCAGGGCUUCGUCUUCGACAUCGUGACCAAGCAGGCCUUCGACGUCACCAUCAUGGUGCUCAUCUGCCUGAACAUGGUGACCAUGAUGGUGGAGACGGACGACCAGAGCGAGGAGAAGACCCGCAUCCUGGGCAAGAUCAACCAGUUCUUCGUGGCGGUGUUCACCACCGAGUGUGUCCUGAAGGUCUUUGCUCUGCGGCAGUACUACUUCACCAACGGCUGGAACGUGUUCGACCUCAUCGUCGUCCUGCUCUCCAUCGGGAGUCUGCUGUUUUCCGCCCUUCUCAACUCCAUCCAAAGCUACUUCUCGCCCACGCUGUUCCGCGUGAUCCGCCUGGCCCGCAUCGGCCGCAUCCUCCGGCUGAUCCGAGGCGCCAAGGGCAUCCGCACCUUGCUCUUCGCCCUGAUGAUGUCCCUCCCGGCCCUCUUCAACAUCGGCCUGCUGCUCUUCCUCGUCAUGUUCAUCUACUCCAUCUUCGGCAUGGCUUCUUUCCCCCACGUCAGGUGGGAAGCCGGCAUCGACGACAUGUUCAACUUCCAGACGUUCGCCAACAGCAUGCUGUGCCUGUUCCAGAUCACCACGUCGGCCGGCUGGGACGGCCUCCUGAGCCCCAUCCUCAACACGGGGCCUCCCUACUGCGACCCGGAUCUGCCCAACAGCUGCGGCUCCCGGGGAGACUGCGGGAACCCGGCCGUGGGCAUCGUGUUCUUCACCACCUACAUCAUCAUCAGCUUCCUCAUCGUGGUCAACAUGUACAUCGCCGUCAUCCUGGAGAACUUCAACGUGGCCACCGAGGAGAGCACGGAGCCCCUGAGCGAGGACGACUUCGACAUGUUUUACGAGACCUGGGAGAAGUUCGACCCGGAGGCCACGCAGUUCAUCGCUUACUCGGCCCUGUCCGACUUCGCCGACGCCCUCUCGGGCCCUCUGCGGAUCCCCAGGCCCAACCAGAACACCUUGAUCCAGAUGGACCUGCCCUUGGUGCCCGGGGAUAAGAUCCACUGCCUCGACAUCCUCUUCGCCUUCACCAAGCAUGUGCUGGGCGAGUCGGGCGAGCUGGACUCCCUCAAGGCCAGCAUGGAGGAGAAGUUCAUGGCCACCAACCUCUCCACGGCCUCGUACGAGCCCAUCGCCACCACCCUGCGGCUCAAGCAGGAAGACGUCUCGGCCACCGUCAUCCAGAAGGCGUACCGGAGCUACGUGCGGCACCGCGCCGCUUCCGCCCUGCCGCCGCCACCGCGGACGCCUCCACGCGCUGCUGCUCCGCCGUCACCCGCCCGGGAGGACAUGGCCGCCUUCCCCGGCAAGUCGGCCACGGCGUCCGCCACGUCCUUCCCGCCGUCCUACGACAGCGUCACCAGAGGCCUGAGUGACAGGGCUGGCGGGAGCCCGCGGGCCCGGAACAGAACGGCCCGGAAGUGA